UGAGGAACUCCAAUCAGUGGAUAUUGUUGGAAGAGCUAGAUGGCUUGCUAAUGAAAGAAAUGAACUGAAGGGUGUUUCUUUGGACUUCUACAGAUUGAAAGGCUAAAGAUGAAAUAAAUAUGUUGCAAAAUGAAAUUGCUAGAACAAAGGAAGCUUCACGUAAUGAGAUUGAUCACUUGAGUGCUUCACUUUCAUCUGUACAACAAGAGAAGGAUUACAUUAAGGAAGAGUUAGAUCACCUCGGAAGUAAAUAUGAGGAAAUUGUUAGCAAGGCACGUCAGAUAUCAUCGGACAAGGAUCAUUUAAGUGCUUCACUUGCAGCAGAACUAACAGAGAAAGAUUAUAUUAAAAAAGAGUUGGACGACGUCACAAGUAAAUAUGAAAAAGUAGUUGAGAAGGUCCAUCAACUUUCAUCAGAGAAAGAUCAGAUGUUAAGGAUGUUGGUAGAGGGUUCUGGAAUAAUGAUGAGGGAUCAAGAAGGGAUUGAAGAGACUUCUAAUUUACCCAUGCUAAUAGAUAGGUGCUUUGGGAAAAUAAAAGAACAAAAGAGUGCAACUUUGGAGAUUAUGGAUGCUGAACUAUUUGAAAAACUUCAAAGUCUCUUGUAUGUUAGGGAUCUUGAGUUGGUGCUUUCUAAGGACAUACUAGAAGAAGAUAUGCUGGUGAAGUCACAGUUCAGUGAUCUGUCAAAUCAGUUCAGAGUAACUUCUGAGGAACUCUUUGCACUGAAAGAGGAGAAAGAUGUUCUGCAAAAAGAUCUUGAACGAUCAGAGGAGAAAUCUGGUCUGUUGAGGGAGAAGUUGUCAAUGGCAGUUAAGAAAGGAAAGGGUUUGGUUCAAGAUCGGGAAAACUUGAAACUUCUUAUUGAGGAAAAGAACUCUGAAAUUGAGAAGCUGAGGCUUGAGUUACAACAGCAACAAUCUAAAGUUGCAGAGGGCAGGUAUCAGAUCAGUACUUUGUCUACUGAUUUAGAGCGCAUCCCAAAGUUGGAAAGUGACCUGGCAGCUAUGAAAGAGGAAAGGGAUCAACUUGAGAAAUUCUUACUUGAGAGCAAUAGCAUAUUGCAGAGAGUAGUUGAAUCGAUUGAUUGCAUUGUUAUUCCAGUUGAUUCAGCAUAUCAAGAGCCUGUAGAGAAGCUGAACUUGCUUGCUCGGUAUAUUGAUAAUUGUCAGACUGCAAAGACACAGACUGAUCAAGAAUUGAGGGAAGUAAAGGAAGAGGCUAGUAACCUGGCUGUCAAGUUAGCAGAAGCCCAAGAAACAAUGAAAUUACUGGAAGACAGAUUGGUUGUUGCAGAGAAUGAUUUGUCUCAACUUGCUGAAGAGAAAAGGGAGAUGGAAUUUGGUAAAAAAAAUAUAGAAAUAGAGUUGCAGAAAGCAAUUGAAGAAGCUCAUUCACAAACUAACAAGUUUGCUGAGACUUGUGAGGCUAGAAAGUCACUUGAAGAGGCAUUGUCAGUGGCAGAAAAUAAAAUAUCAUUACUUAUCAGUGAGAAAGAGGGGGUUCAAGGUAGCAGAGCUGCUGCAGCGAUGGAAGUGGAGAAAGUGAGAGAAGAAGUUGCUAUUCAGACCAGCAGACUCACAGAGGCAUAUAACACUAUAAAGUCACUAGAAAAUGCACUUUCUCAGGCAGAGACGACUGUUGCUUCACUAACUGAACAAAGGAACAAUGCACAAGUGGAAAUAACCAACUUGGAGAAUGAGCUGAAGAAACUAAAAGAUGAAAUUGAGACCCAGGUUGGCAAGCUGGCAGAUGCUGGCACAACCAUAAAAUUGCUAGAAGAUGCGUCGGCUAAGGCUGAAAAUGACUUUUCUGUGCUUCAAGGCGAAAAAAGAACUGCUGAUCUGGAGAUAUCGACUCUUAAUUCCAAACUGAAUGCAUGCAUGGAAGAGUUGGCUGGAAGCAGUGGCAGCUUAGCAAGCAGAUCCAUAGACUUGAUUGGUCAUCUCAAUAAUCUUCAAAUGCUUUCCAAAGACCAAAGUUUGUUGUCUACAAUGAAACAAUGCUUUGAAAGGAACUUGGAGCGCCUUAAAGAUUUGGAUCUUACCAUUAAAAACACAAGGGAGCAUUUGUUUGACAAGGAUUUGGAACUGGUUCAAGGUUAUCCAUUCAUGGAGGAUAUUGCUAAUCUAGCAAGACGUUUCUCUGAUGUUAUUGAUAAUACCGUGAACUUUGAAAUGGAGAAUGAUGAAAUAAAUGCAAUAAAUGCUGGUGAUGUUUCUUCAUGUUUUAGAAGGGUUGCAGAAGGGUUCCAGUUGCGAAACAAAAUCCUUGCUGAUAGGUUUGAAGGUUUUUCAACCUUCCUAGAUGAGUCAAUAGCAGCCCUGUUAAAAAAAUUGCAGGGCACAAAGGAUGAGGUAAAAAGUAUGGUUGAGAGCAUGGAAUCCUUGAAACAAAAUGUCAAAAUCCUGGAAAUGCGUGAACAAGAAAAGGAGAAGGCUUUAGGCAUGUUACAGAAUGAUGUUUCAAUUUUACUCUCUGCAUGUGCAGAUGCAACUGGAGACCUGCAGUUUGAAGUCAAGAACAAUCUUAUUGAACUCAGCUCUGUAGCUGGGCUUGAAAAAUUGAACCAUGGUUUGCAUCCAGAAGCAGGAGAAUUUGUUGGAGAUGACAUGGCUCAGCAAGGCUAUAGUGGCAACAGAUAUGCUCAGACAGCAGAGAAAUUGUUGACUGCUACUAGAAAAGUUCAGGGUGUGGUGAAGUUUUUCGAAACUACAAGUAAAGCAGUGGCCACUGUCAUUCAUGAUUUGCAGAAAGAAUUGGAAGAUGCCAGAAGAGCCAAGGAGAAAGCCAUUGAAGAAAGAGAUGUAUAUCAAAAUAGGGUUUUCAAGUUGGAGAGUGAGAUAGAAGUAUUGGAAGAUUCAUGCAGAGAAGGGAGGCUUAAGGUAGAGGAUUAUCAAGCCAAAGAGGACAGAUGGAAAGAAAAAGAGGCAGAACUUUUGUCAUUGUACAAUAAUUUGUUGACGAAAGAAAAAGAAGCUGAAGAGCCUCUCUUGUCAGCAUCUCAAGUAAGAACACUAUUGGACAAGCUAAGUGGGAUUGAAGUUCCUAUUGAAGAGUCAGAAGACCUGGAGCCACACAGCUCAGUUGAUGUUAAGAAACUAUUCUCUGUUAUUGAUAGUUUCACUGAUUUCCAGAAUCAAAUAAAUUUGUUAUCUUAUGAGAAGGAAGAACUACAGUCUACACUUUCAAGACAGAUAUUUGACAUUGAGCAUCUGAAAGAAGAAAUUGGGACACAUGUUAGAAAUAUGCCAGACUUGGAAGAGAUGAAAAUAGAGCUGUCUGAGGUUACAAUUGGUUUGGAAAAGAUUAUUGUUGUGUUGGGAGGUAAAGAGUUUAUUGGAGGCCAAAAUUCUGUUGGUGUGAAAGCACUUUUGCCUGUUUUAGAAAAGCAGGUUAGUGCCCUGUUGUUGGAGGCCGAAAAUUCAAAAUCCAAAGCACAGGAACUUGGUACCAAGUUGCUUGGAAGCCAAAAGGUUGUGGAUGAAUUGUCAACCAAGGUUAAGUUACUUGAAGGUUCUCUUCAGAGGGGGACUGCUCAGCCUGAGAUUGUACAGGAAAGGAGCAUUUUUGAUGCACCUUCUGCACCCACUGGGUCAGAAAUAUCUGAAGUUGAAGAUGUGGGAUCACUUGGAAAGAAUACAAUAACUCCUGUGGCCUCGGCUGCUCACGUGCGAACCAUGCGAAAAGGAUCAACAGACCAUCUUGCACUAAAUAUUGGCUCGGAAUCUGAUCGCCUGAUCAACAGUGAGGAAACUGACGAGGACAAAGGUCGAUUGUUCAAGUCUCUCAACACAUCUGGUCUGAUACCAAAACAAGGAAAGUUGAUUGCAGAUCGAGUCGAUGGAAUUUGGGUAUCUGGUGGCCGAGUUCUAAGCAGUCGUCCCAGAGCAAGGCUAGGCCUAAUUGCCUAUUGUCUUCUCCUGCAUAUAUGGCUACUGGGAACUAUUUUGUAACAAAGUUCGCUAUCAUCGAUCCUCAUUUCCAAUCUGCUCCUUAAAAUUGUAUUAUAGAUAAACGUGGUAGUCAUUCUUUACCAUUCUUUUUGUUUUUUCCUCAUCUAACUCUUCUUAUCAUGUUGCGUAAUAGGUUGGUAUACAUAUUCUUACCACCAU